CUCCCCACCUCCUCCUCCUCUUCCUCCUCCUCCUCCUCCUCCUCUCUGCCGUCAGCCCGUUUUUUUUAUUUUCUCAAUAAUGCGCCGGCUUCGCUUGACUUCGCAGCAGAUCAGAUCUGAACCCGAGCUGGGGGGGUUAACAAGCCAGAUAGGGCUGCGGUGCUUCUCCAGGUUUAUCUCUGAGCGGAUGACCAGCUCCAGGGCGAGGACAUGUAUCAGGGCAUAAUGACCACCAACCACGGACCCUCUUCCUAUGAGGCCGGCUUUCUCCACAACGCCUCGGCAGCCACCUCGCCGGUUUACGUGCCCACCACCCGGGUCGUCACCCCGAUGAUCCCCGCGCUGCCCUACCUCCAGACGCCCGGCGCCUCGCAGCAGGGCAGCCCGGCGUCGAGCCACUCUGCCUGGGCGCAGCCGGGAGCAGACCCGGUGUCCUCCUACAACCACUCCCCGGUGUCUCCGCGCUUCUCCUUCUCCACCAGCCCGCCGCUGUCGUCCGGGGUGGCCACGGCCCGAGACGCGGCGGUCUCCUACAGCAGCCCGCUGAGCAUCUCCGCCAACGGGAGGGAGCACUACGGUCCGCGGGGCCUCGGCGGCUCCUACGCCAGCCCCUAUUCGGCCUACGUGAGCCCGAACGUCGGAGGAACGUGGCCGGCGUCCCCCUUCGACAGUCCGGUGCUGCACGGUCUGCAGACCGGCGCUUCUCCCGGCACGGCGCGGCACCCAAGCAUAGAUUUGUUCGACGACUUCGCCGAGGGCCGAGAAUGCGUGAACUGCGGUGCGAUGUCGACCCCCCUCUGGAGGCGCGACGGCACGGGCCACUACCUGUGCAACGCGUGCGGCCUCUACCACAAGAUGAACGGCAUUAACAGACCUCUCAUCAAACCCCAAAGGCGGCUGUCUGCCUCGAGGAGGGUGGGCCUGUCCUGCACCAACUGUCACACCACCACCACCACCCUGUGGCGACGAAACGCAGAGGGAGAGCCCGUCUGCAACGCCUGCGGCCUCUACAUGAAACUCCACGGGGUCCCCCGACCUCUUGCUAUGAAGAAAGAGGGGAUCCAGACCCGCAAACGUAAACCCAAGAACUUAAACAAGUCCCAAACAGGAGCUCCAGGCAGUGAGGGGCCUUCAGUGACUCCAGGCAGCGCUCCCCGCUCCUCCUCCUCCUCCUCAGCCUCCACCCCCAGCACUGCAGUGGAGCCUCGCCAGAUUAAGACAGAGCCAGAAAAUCACAGCUUGUACGCACACCACGGCUCGCACUCACAGCAGAUCUCAGCCCUACCAGCCUACCUGGCGGCCCAGGGAGGCUCCGUUCCUCUGAAGAUGUCCCCAGGUGGACACAGUGGCUCCUCCAGCUCCAAAACAGAGCCGUGGAACAACCUGAUCAUGGCUUAGGAGACCUACAGCUCUGCAUCUCAGAAAGAAUGGGGGAAAAAAAACUACCUAUGUACAGAACUGUAGCAAAACUGUCCGGAAACUGCUGCUUUAGCUCGAGAUGGCGUCUCCGUUUCCUGCAAUCGGCGGCACCGGUGUAAUGACUGCACGCCAAGACGAGAAGAGAGCCGCACGGGAAAUCUUACAGUCAAAUCGGGACUAUAAAAGGAACAUUUUUUGUAACUCACACCUUUUUCCUACAAAGCCAGUAUGGAUGUACCAGCGGCCUGACAGAUACUGAAACACUUCAAUUAUGAGAAAUAUGACUGGCUUGGGUGUGAGUAUUGCCUUCGGCGAUUUGAACCUGACUGCAGACAUUUCUCCCUAGAGGUGAUGGACAUCCAAAACACACACAUACACACACAAAAGAAAAACAAAAAAAAAAACACAGAGACAAGUGGACAACUUACUUCAAGAUUCCACAACAGAGGUGCUACACCAAGUGUUUUCAAGGUCAGUUUUAGGGGGAAAAAGAGUGGAAUAAAGCAUAGAUCCUACCUGAAAAUUGAUUGUUUAUGAUAAAUUAAUAGAAAUGAACAUUAUGUUUUGUUAGCAGCAGAAGAUGGGAAAGGCGUUUAAUAAAAAAACAAAAACAAAAACCCAAACAAAAACAAAACAAUAAGUGUUUGGACAGAUCGUUCAUCUCGACAAUCGUAGCCCGAAAUCAUUUAAACUGAUGAUGUGAACAGCAACCUCCAUGUUCUUCGCAGCCCUGUUAAAGAUGUGCAACAAUAAGAAUAAUCAAUCUUUCAAUGCUGUAGCAAAAUCUUUCCCUUCAAAGUUUAGAAUUUAAUGUAACCAAUUAACCUAAAAGUCAUGUUGUCGGACUGUGGGAGGAAGUCCGAGUACCCAGAGAGAACCCACGCAUGCACAGGGAGAACAUGCAAACUCCAUGAAGAGAGAUCCCUGGUCAAACCCGGGGUUUGAACCCAGAACCUUCCUGCUGCAAGUGCUGCUACUAUCAACAGUAUCACUCUUCACCGUAACCGAACCAUUUAUUAAAAUUUUUAUUUAUUUUUUAUUUUUAUUUUUUUAGCUGAUCACAGUAACAGGAAAUUUUUCAUUAGUAAUCCACAACUUCACGUUUGCCUGGGUUACAGAUAUGUGCGUAUGUUAGAAAGUCCUAUUUCUUUUACUGUUCUUCUAAACGGGAAAAGCAAGAGAACAUGUCAGUAAAGUCGGACGUUUUCUACGUUGUGAGUCAGAGAAUGGCUGCAAGAAACUAACUUCUGUCCCAGAUUUGCCUAAAUCUACAGUCAGAGCAACAACCAAAGAGUUUAUGACGACUGGAACUCGGACAUAAAAACGCUGGACAGGAACCCAGGUUGAUGAACCGGACUCCCAAGAGAAAUAUUUGUAUUUGGGCCAUUUCAACCAAUGGCUCACCAAGCUGGACCCCAGAUCACAACGUCUGCCACUAAGCACCACGUCAUGCAGUACAGGGAUGAUUGCCAGACAUUUAAUAAAAGAUUGUAAUUGCUAUUCGUAUAAAUUCACCAUCGCUGUUUCAAGAGACACAAUCAGAAAACUAUGGAUUGAUAAGAACAUUGGUAAGUUUGUUGAGGCUUGGGUAAAAAUGGCUUAUUGGCAAUGUUUGGAUACUUCAACCAGUAAUGUUAUGAUCUGAGCAACAAAAACCUUAAAAAGUCAAAUUUUUUGUUGAAACUGCCCAGCAGGUCUUUAUUUCGUUUGCUUUGUAACAAGGGUCACCUUUCAGGUAAAACAAAUAAACAAACAAUUGUAAUUUUCUACACAUCUGUCAGGGUGCCUACACAUUUUUAACUUCAAAGCUUUUUCAGAGUCAGAUUUCAGCAUUUUUUUUUAUGAUUUUCUUAGAACAUUCAGGACAUAACAGUACAAAAUAUUAACCUGCCUUACUAGUAACCAGGUCAAGAUCCAGAAAUCAUUAAAACAAAUUAUGCUAAAAUUUGCUUUCUCUUCCCAGAAUGUGGAAAAGGGAUGUUUCACAGCUUCUUUCAGAUCUGAACUCAUAUUAAUCUGCUCUAUUUCAAAAUCUGCAAUUCUUAGACUUUUAAGGAGACUCAAAAAAAGCAUACAAAAAGUAUCCUACUCUGAAUAUAGACUAUUUAAAGAGCAGUUUUUUGACUAUUGUCCAAACUUCCAAAAAAAAAAGCAACGGCAUUGCAGUUUUAACGCUGUGGGGCGUUUUGAGCAGACAUACUUCGGGAUUCCGGCUGAACCAGAAUCUAAAGUGGUUUUGGUAUCCAAAAUGUGUUAGAGGAGUGUGUGUUCACUUACAGUGAGAAUGUUACAAUCAAGUUGAGGGGCGGCUCGUCAAAGAAAAAGCAUGUAAUUCAAAUAUGAAUAAAUAUUCAUAUACAAAAGUCCAUUUCAUUUGUUAAGCAUCAAUAGAAUUUUGGUUCUUUAAAACAGUGCAAGGAAAAAUAUAGAAAAAAACAUAAAAAAAGAAAAAAUACUUUCCUUGGUACAUUUCUUUCAUGCCCAGACUUUGGAAAUGAUAAAAGCAAAUUACAUCGUUUUCAAGGAAAAGCCUGGCUCAUCUAACCCAUGUCUUUGCUUUGGUUACGCAUCAUAACAAGUGUCUUAAAGAAAGGAAGCAACAGCAAAAAUCCUUCAAGAUGCACAGCAUCCAAAAAUCAGACUGAAAACGCUUUCAAAAAGGGUUAUGCUUUCGGUAAGAAAUUGUGAAGCUCUCAUCAAAUCUCUAUGCAAAACCAACCAAAGGCAAAAUAACUGAACUAAAAGCAAACUAUCCCUUUCCAUUCAUGACCAGACUGUCCCAUCUGUCACUCCUUAUCCUAAGUAUUAUUUCUGCUAAAGUGAUCUACGGCUCAGUGCAAUAAGAGCAUCUUCUUCAUUGCCAGCUCAGUUACGUGUCACUUCUGGAAAAUGUACAAAGAAAAUCUACCUAACAAGCGCAAAUGCCGAGUAUUAUGAAAGUGUUUGAUGGCAGACGCACAGCGCCCUCUACUGGUGUCAGCUCAGGUGUGCAGCUACAGUCAUAGUCAAUAAAUUAGAAUAAGAGGCUUGUUUGACAGAUUAAAAGUACUUUUUGA